AUGGUCUGGCUGUGGUUGACUCGGCUCGUUGCCGUAGAUGCCUUACCAUUCAUUGCCGACGGGGGCGUGCAGCGCCGCUAUGGCGCGGCACUGGACCGCCGAAACACCCAGACGGACACUUCCACAGGAGAACCACCGAGGGAUCGUACGAUAGUCACUGUACUAUCAUUAAUUUGCAUGAUGGUGCUCUCUUUCCUUCUAGGAUCCCGGUUCACAAAAUUGAGGCGGAAUGCCUUGAUGAAACGGAACCUAACGUCGAUGCUCGUCCUGUUAUUGUAUGGUCUUGUAAUCCUGUUCCUAAUAUCGUCUACGGUAUUGCUAUCAGGUCAAGGUCUCGAACAUUACAAUCUGUGCUUUGCUGCAACCUGGGUUUGCUUGAUAUUCUAUACCGCGAGCAAAGGUGUUAUAUAUAUCUUCCUCGUGGAGAGGGUUCAUGUCGUUCGUGCCCCAUUUGUACAGCGAAGACGCGACUGGCUCUACUGGGGAUGCAUGGCGAUGGUUAUCGCCUCAUUUGUUGGCGUCUCCAUCAACGCAUACCUCCACCCAAUCAUUGAAAUGCGAGGAGACAACAGGUGUUAUAUGGGAAUCCCGGGAAAGGUUUCCAUUCCAUUCAUGGUGGUCGACAUUGCGGUUGAUGUGGCACUGACAGGCGUGUUCUUCUACUUACUCCGACCGUUGGUCAGCUUCCAUGGGAUAGCUACCUUGGACGGGGUAUUUGCAGCCAAUAGAGAGAGAAUCGUCAGUGUUGCCGGACAACAAGAGACUGCAGUCCAGAAAAACAUCAGGGCGUUACUAUGGAAGAGCGUUGCGGGAAGCAUAUUGAUCAUGCUGCCGACCAUUGCCAACAUGAUUCAGUUCUAUAUUACCAAGGGACGGGAGCUUGCCUUGAUAUGUCUCGGCAUUUGUGUCCUUGACGUUACCUGGGAUGCCAUUGUCAUACAUUGGCUUACAUUCGGCUCAGUGGAGGCUGAACAAAACUUGAGCAAAUCUCUGGAGUUGUCAUCUCCUAAGUCACCUACGUUCCGACCACGUUCCCUAGAGGCUUUGAAUAUAGCAAGCUCACGACAGGCUGCGGUACCCACGUCACUACAGAAAGUCCAACAUCCUCGUAAAUGUGUCUCCGGAGAAACAUUGACAGAAGUUCGCCCCGACUGA